AUGCCCGACAAAGUAACUCUCUACACAUACUUCCGCUCCUCGUGCUCGGCACGCCUCCGCAUCGCCCUGCACCUCAAGAAUAUCCCCUUCACGCCCAUAUUCGUCAACCUGCUCCGCGACGAACAGUCAAGCCCAGCCAACCGCACCAUAAACCCCUCUGGCACCGUUCCAACCCUACUCAUCACACAGGGUUCCGACACGGUGACAAUCACCCAAUCCCUCGCGGCACUAGAAUACCUCGAGGAAGCCUUUCCAGAUAAUGGACCCUCUCUGCUCCCUUCAUCCCCGCAAGACCGCGCCCUAGUCCGCACCCUCGCCCAAAUUAUCGCCUGCGAUGUCCAGCCCGUCACGAACCUGCGGAUCCUAAAGCGGGUUGCACCGCUGGGCGCGGAUAGGGCGGCUUGGUCGAAGGAUUUGAUUGAAGAUGGACUACGGGCUUAUGAGACCAUCGCGGUAAAGUCGGCGGGGAGGUUCAGCGUUGGGGAUCAGAUUACGAUGGCGGACGUUUGUCUUGUGCCGGCUGUUUGGGGGGCAGAGAGGGUCGGGGUGGAUUUGAGUGGGUUCCCGGUUGUUGAUCGGAUUAUGAAGAAUCUUGAGCAAGAGGAGGCCGUGAGGAAGGGGCAUUGGCAGACGCAGCCGGAUACGCCGGAGGAUUUGCGGGCCAAGUAG